AAAAGCUUAAAAGGACAGGUAGGCUUUGUUUAUAUAUACAAUUUAUCUGAAAUGUUAACAUGUAAGUUCAAUAAAACACCAAAUUUUCAAAAAGAUGUGGAAGCAUCCGCGAAUGGUCUAAGCUUAUUGGGUAUAUCUUCAUGAGACUUGGCAGGCAGCAGGAUAUCCCAUUUAUGAUCGAUGUUUUAAUCCUGUGUAAAAUUAAAUAAAAAAAAAAUAAAAAUGCAUCCGUUCAUAUUAAUGUUUCGUAGAAACAAUGACCCGUGUACGACCAGCAGUUCCGGGCCCGGAAAAUACCAAUUGGAAGCUGCCUCCGAAAGUUUCUUCCCAGAAAUGAUAGACUUUGUGGCUGGACUCCUCGGCGGAGCGGCUGGUGUUUUGGUUGGCCAUCCUUUCGAUACGGUGAAAGUUCACUUGCAAACCGAUGAUCCCAAGAAUCCAAAAUACAAGGGGACAUUUCACUGCUGUAAAAUGAUAUUGCAAAGAGACGGUUUUAGAGGAAUAUACCGAGGAAUAAGUAGUCCGAUAGGUGGUAUAGGAUUGGUUAAUGCUAUUGUUUUUGGGGUGUACGGGAAUGUACAAAGAUAUUCUGGUGAGCCCAACGCGUUGCUGACCCAUUUCUAUGCUGGCUCCUUAGCCGGCAUAAGCCAGUCAUUCGUUUGUGCACCCAUGGAGCUAGCGAAGACAAGGCUCCAGUUAUCACAGAACAUUGACAGUGGAAUCAAAUUCAGCGGACCUAUCCAUUGCCUCCGACACAUAUUCAAAACCGAAGGCAUUCGAGGCACCUUUAAGGGAUUGGUUGCAACAAUUCUAAGGGAUAUUCCAGGAUUUGCUGGCUAUUUUGUAACCUAUGAGUAUAUAAUGGCGCAUAACUCCAAUCCAGGAGUAUCGUUUACACUAUUGGCCGGCGGGUGUGCAGGGAUGGCAUCAUGGAUAUUCUGCUAUCCCCUCGACGUGGUGAAGACACACAUGCAAGCCGAUGCGCUGGGAAAAGAUGCCAAAUACACUGGAUUCGUGGACUGUGCCGUCAAGGGGUAUAAGCACGAGGGAAUCCAAUACUUCUUUCGUGGACUAAACUCAACACUCAUCCGAGCUUUUCCCAUGAAUGCAGCCUGCUUUGUUGUGGUCUCCUGGGUUUUGGACUUUUGGCAUUCCAAUUAUGGCAUGAAAUCGGUCAAAAACGUCGAACAAUCUCUAACCCUAAUGAAUUUAGACAACAAGGCUCAGGCGGAUCUGGACAAUGUUGUUCCAACAGUCGAGGAAGCUGUUCGAAAGUUGAUCACAGACAAUUCCUUACCGUAUCAGCCAAGUUCCCCACCGCAGGAUGUUGUUCACAACCGUUUUCCCAGUAACACUAUGAAUAUCCCCAAAGAAUCUAAAAACCGUAUGGCAAACGAUGUUAAUAUAAAAUAAAAUCAAAUUGUUGUAUUUUUAA